CAGCGCGGAUUUGAGGUGGUUCGGGUCUGCAGCACCGGUUUGCCUUCUCGUGACCCCGCAGCCAUCCUAAUGAUGUUUUGGGGCUGUUUUGAUGUUCCUCAGCACCUGACGACGCUGCUGGCCUCCUCGGACAUGCAGGUGGUGCUGGCCGUGCUCAACCUGCUCUACGUUUUCAGCAAACGCUCCAACUACAUCACGCGCCUCGGCUCCGACAAGCGCACCCCGCUGCUGUCCCGUCUGCAGCACCUGGCUGAGAGCUGGGGCGGCAAGGAGAACGGCUUCGGGUUGGCCGAGUGCUGCCGAGAUCUGCACAUGAUGGUGAGUCCCAAAUGGCAGCCGGGGGUCCCCAAGUGCCACCCUGUGUCCCCAACCCCAUCCUGGGGUCCCCAAGUGCCACCCCGUGUCCCCGCACCCCAUCCUGGGAUCCCCAAGUGCCACCCCGUGUCCCCGCACCCCAUCCUGGGAUCCCCAAGUGCCACCCCGUGUCCCCACAUCCCGUGCUGGGAUCCCCAAGUGCCACCCCAUGUCUGCAUAUCCCAUCCUGGCUUCCACAGGUCCUACCCCCGUGUCCCCAGUGAGGUCCCCAGGUGUCACCCCAUGUCCCCACACCCCAUCCUGGGGUCCCCAGGUGCUACUCUCAUGUCCCUAGUGAGGUUCCCAAGUGCCACUCCAUGUCCCCAACCCCAUCCUGGGGUCCCCAAGUGCCUCCCCACAUCCCCAACCCAAUUCUGGGGUCCCCAAGUGCCACCCUAUGUCCCCACAUCCCAUCCUGGAGUCCCCAGGUGCCACCCCCAUGUCCCUAGUGAGGUUCCCAAGUGCCACUCCAUGUCCCCAACCCCAUGCCACCCAACACCCCCAGAGUCGGCCAACAGCAUCCUGUACAACGGGCUGAUCGAGGAGCUGGUGGACGUGCUGCAGAUCACCGACAAGCAGCUGAUGGACAUCAAAGCGGCCUCACUACGCACCCUCACCUCCAUCGUCCACCUGGAGAGGACCCCAAAGCUCAGCAGCAUCAUCGACUGCACCGGCACCGCGUCCUACCACGGCUUCCUGCCCGUCCUCGUCCGCAACUGCAUCCAGGCCAUGAUCGACCCUUCUAUGGAGCCCUACCCCCACCAGUUUGCCACGGCUCUCUUCUCCUUCCUCUACCACCUGGCCAGCUACGACGCGGGCGGCGAAGCCUUGGUGUCUUGUGGCAUGAUGGAGGCCUUGCUCAAGGUGAUCAAGUUCCUGGGUGAUGAACAGGACCAGAUCACCUUCGUGACGCGGGCGGUGCGCGUGGUGGACCUGAUCACCAACCUGGACAUGGCAGCCUUCCAGUCGCACAGCGGGCUCUCCAUCUUCAUCUACCGCCUCGAGCACGAGGUGGAUCUCUGUCGCCGCGAAUGUCCCUUUGUCAUCAAACCCAAAGUGCAGCGCCCAGCCGCCACCGCUGCCCUCCCAGAGGGCGAAGAGAUGGAGACCGACAUGGAGGUGACCGACGUGGCCAUGGAGAGCAGCCCAGGCCCUUCUGCCGAGCCCAGCACCAGCAGCACCGCCGUGUCGCCGCGCAGCGGAGUGCAGUGCAUCCCGCAGCGCGCCGCUCUGCUCAAAUCCAUGCUGAAUUUCCUCAAAAAAGCCAUCCAGGACCCGGCGUUCUCCGACGGGAUCCGGCACGUGAUGGACGGCUCGCUGCCCACCUCCCUCAAACACAUCAUCAGCAACGCCGAGUACUACGGGCCCUCGCUCUUCCUUCUGGCGACGGAGGUGGUGACGGUGUUCGUGUUCCAGGAGCCCUCGCUGCUCUCCUCCCUGCAGGACAACGGACUGACGGACGUCAUGCUGCACGCGCUGCUCAUCAAGGACGUCAGUGCUCAGCCCCCCACCCCAAAACCCACCCUAACACUUCUGUUCCCCUCCUCCUCCCCCAGACCCCUGUUUUCCCCCCCAAACUCCCUGGAAAUUGAAGGUUUUGGGACUCCCUUGAUGGCUUUUUUGGGGGAAUUUGGGGGAAUUGAAGGUUUUUGGAACCCCAACAACCUCUUUUUUGUGCUGAUUUGGGGGGAAUCGAAGAUGAAAUUCGUGGAGUCCAUCCUGAGCAACAACACGACAGACGACCACUGCCAGGAGUUCGUGGCGCAGCGCGGGCUGCGGCCGCUCGUCACCAUCCUGGGGCUGCCCAACCUCCCCGUGGAUUUCCCCACAUCAGCUGCCUGCCAGGCCGUGGCCGGAGUCUGCAAAUCCAUCCUGACUCUGUCCCACGAGCCCAAGGUGCUGCAGGAGGGGCUGCUGCAGCUGGACUCGGUGCUGUCUGCUCUGGAAGCCCUUCAUCGCCCCAUCGAGGCCCCGGGGGGGUCGGUGCUGCUGCGGGAGCUGGCGGGGGCUGGAAGUGUCCCCGAUGCCACGCUGUCAGCCCAGGCCACCCCCCUGCUGCACGCCCUGACGGCCGCUCACGCCUACAUCAUGAUGUUUGUGCACACGUGUCGCGUGGGGCAGAGUGAGAUCCGGGCUAUCUCGGUGAACCAGUGGGGCUCGCAGCUGGGGCUGAGCGUGCUGGGGAAGCUGAGCCAGCUGUACUGCUCACUGGUGUGGGAGAGCACCGUGCUGCUCAGCCUCUGCACCCCCAACAGCCUCCCCCCGGGCUGCGAAUUCGGCCAAGCCGACAUGCAGAAGUUGGUCCCCAAGGAGGAGAAAACAGCCCCCAGCCCACCCCAGGGGGGCAAACGAGCCGAGGGCGAAGCAGAGGGGCCGGGCUCCGAGCCCCCCGCCCAGGGGCUGCUGGAGGGGAUGGGGCUGGACAGCGAGGCGCUGGCCCCCAUGGAGACGGACGAGCCCAGCAACGCCGACCCCAAAGGCAAAGCCAAAAUCACCCCGGCCAUGGCUGCACGCAUCAAGCAGAUCAAACCGCUGCUGUCGGCCUCGUCACGGCUGGGCCGGGCGCUGGCCGAGCUGUUUGGGCUGCUGGUGAAGCUGUGCGUGGGUUCCCCGGUGCGGCAGCGGCGCAGCCACCACGCAGCCAGCGCAGCCCCCGCCCCGACCCCCGCCGCCCGCGCCACCGCCUCCGCCCUCACCAAGCUGCUGACCAAGGGGCUGAGCUGGCAGCCCCCACCCUACACACCCACCCCCCGCUUUCGGCUGACGUUCUUCAUCUGCUCGGUGGGCUUCACGUCCCCGAUGCUCUUCGACGAGCGCAAGUUCCCCUACCACCUCAUGCUGCAGAAGUUCCUCUGCUCCGGCGGCCACAACGCUCUCUUCGAGACGUUCAACUGGGCGCUCUCCAUGGGGGGCAAGGUGCCGGUGGCGGAAGGUUUGGAGCAUCCCGAGCUCCCCGACGGCACCGGGGAGUUCCUGGACGCCUGGCUGAUGCUGGUGGAGAAGAUGGUGAACCCCAGCACUGUGCUCGAAUCCCCCCACGCCCUCCCUGCCAAAGCCCCCGGCCACGGGCAGCCCCACUUCAGCGCCCUCCGCUUCCUCGUCGUCACCCAGAAGGCAGCCUUCACCUGCAUCAAGCAGCUGUGGAACCGGCGGCCUCUGAAGGUGUACGGCGGCCGCAUGGCCGAGUCCAUGCUGGCCAUCCUGUGCCACAUCCUGCGCGGGGAGCCCCUCAUCCGCGAGCGCCUGGGCCGGGAGCGCGAGGGGCCGCGGGGGGAGGAGGAGGCGGGGGGCGAGGAGGGGGGACCCCGGCGUGAGCCCCAGGUCAACCAGCAGCAGCUGCAGCAGCUGAUGGACAUGGGCUUCUCACGGGAGCACGCCAUGGAGGCUCUGCUCAACACCAACACCAUGGAGCAGGCCACCGAAUACCUGCUCACCCACCCCCCGCCCCUCAUGGGGGGAGUGGUGCGGGACCUCAGCAUGUCGGAGGAGGACCAGAUGAUGCGUGCCAUCGCCAUGUCUCUGGGCCAGGACAUCCCCAUGGACCAGCGGGCCGAGUCCCCCGAGGAGGCCGCCUGCCGCAAGGAGGAAGAGGAGCGCCGUGCCCGCGAGCGCCAGGAGGAAGAAGAAGCCAAAUGCUUGGAGAAAUUCGAGGGGGCCGAACCCCUGGAGCCCUCAGAGCUGCUGGCCUUCACCGACACCAUGCUGCCCGGCUGCUCACAGCUGCUGGACGAGCUCCCCGACACCGUCUACCGCGUCUGCGACCUCAUCAUGACGGCCGUCAAACGCAACGGGGCCGCCUAUCGCGACUCCAUCCUCAAGCAGGUGGUCAAGCAGGUUUGGGAAGCGGCCGACGUUCUCAUCAAGGCAGCGCUGCCGCUCACCACCAGCGACACCAAAACGGUGUCGGAGUGGAUCAGCCAGAUGGCCACGUUGCCCCAGGCCUCCAACCUGGCCACCCGCAUCCUCCUCCUCACCCUGCUCUUUGAGGUGAGAUGUUGUUCUAGGGGAAAAAAAGCACGUUUUGGUGGGGAAAAAGCACGUUUUGGGGCUCGCCAGGAUGUUCUGGGGUUGAGCGUUGACGUGUUCAUCGUUGACAUGUUGAGCGUUGACAAGUUCAGCAUUGACAAGUUCAGCAUUGACAUGAUGACAUUGACAUUUUUUGUGGGGAAUGGGUUUUUUUUGGUGGGGAGGGCAACGUGGGGUCUUGGAGGAGUAGAGGGGAACACGGGGUCUUGUAGGAGCGGAGGAUAUGGGGUCCCCUACACACAGCCCUGUGCCCCCACCCACCAAAACACGCAGGGAUCGCCGCAUCCACGCCCCUUUGGGACCUCAGCGCUGUGUCCCCACCCCCCUAAUUUCUCACCCACCCCCCUGCAGUACCUGCAGGCCAACGGCAACAACUGGCGCUGGUUCGACGACCGCUCGGGGCGCUGGUGCAGCUACAGCGCCAGCAACAACAGCACCAUCGACGCCGCCUGGCGCGCCGGGGAGAGCAGCGUGCGAUUCACCGCCGGCCGGCGCCGCUACACCGUGCAGUUCACCACCAUGGUGCAGGUGAACGAGGAGACGGGGAACCGGCGCCCAGUGAUGCUGACCCUGCUGCGCUCCCCCCGGGGGGGCAAAGGGGGCCCGGCUGACAGCGAGCGGCCCCCUGAGGAGAGCCCAGCGAGGGCAAAGGAGGAGCCUGGAGCGGGUAUGGGGAGGGGGCACGGGGUCCUGGGGGGGGGGAAACAGGAGGUGGGUGAGGGGUUAUAGGGCCCGAGGGGCAGC